GAAAUUUGGACUUUUUGGUAAUUGUCCAUGUGCAUUUCUGAAUCAGCUAAAAUUUAGGGGUGCUUUUUGGAUUUCUUUUUAGGGUUUCAUAUUUUCUCCUCACACCGAAAAUUCCCUCCCAUCCACCCGCCUCACAAGUUCUCUCUCUCUCUCUCUCUCUCUCCUCUUUUGGGUUUAGGGUUUUGCAUUUCUGAAUCAGCAGCCAUGGCGAGCACCAAAGUCCAGAGGAUUAUGACCCAACCCAUUAACUUGAUUUUCAGAUUCCUUCAGAGUAAAGCACGCAUUCAAAUUUGGCUUUUCGAGCAGAAGGAUAUGAGGAUUGAGGGCCGAAUUAUUGGCUUUGACGAAUACAUGAAUUUGGUUCUGGAUGAUGCUGAAGAAGUUAACAUCAAGAAAAAGAGCAGAAAAUCACUGGGGAGGAUUCUUCUUAAAGGAGACAACAUAACUUUGAUGAUGAAUUCGGGCAAGUGAUGAUCAAUUUCUGGCAAUUGGACUAGCGGGUCGCAUUGUUCCAGUCACAUGUAUGUUGGGCUUUUAGAAUUGCUGUGCGCUGCUUAGUUUAAGUACAUUUUGGAUGGCAUGUAGGAUAACUCAAUUUCCUCCAAGUAGAUAAUCUGCUGUCACUUUUUCUUGAUCCAGUUUAUAUGUUAUGCUUUCUGUCGCAUUGUAGUCGAGCAAUUGAACCUUAGACACAUGUCAUGAGUAAAUUUGUUGCACUAUUAACCAUGUCAAACUAUGUCCCGCUCCCUGUUUCAAAUAUAUGUGUCUGGGAAAGGUUAUAGAAAUGUCCUAGUUGUGUUUUUGUGCAGAACAUUGUAAAACAUCAUAUUUCUUCAAUUUUGCUGUCUCAAA